GCGGGAAGCGGUUAUGGACCGUUAUGAAGCGUUGUCGUGAGCUGUCAUGUCGGCGCCGAAAUCGCUCCUCGAUGUCGCCAACCAAGGUGCUUCAACCAAGCGCUCGCUUCUAAACGUGGCGUCCGCUAUGCAGAGCGUCGCUGCCAAGCCGACGUUGGUGAGCAUCGCCUUGGCCGACAAGCCGUCGCUUUUGACCGUCGCCAAGGAAACGCCGCCAACCCUCGCAGACGUGGCCGCCGCACCGAGCGUCUCGUUGCAAGCCGCCGUGACAGCCUCUACGGACAGCGCCGCGCUCACGACUGUUGCCAAGACACUGCGCCAAGACUCGCGGUCGUCCUUCCAGAAGGCGCCGACGCAGUCGCUUGUCCAGAUCGCGACAGAAGUCGAACAAGAGCGCGAUGCAGCGGUCGUUCACGCGCUCGCCGACGCAUCCAAGGCGGUCAAGCAAGACCAAGCGCGCCAGCAAAGCACCGUCGGGGCCAUUCUUGUCGAGGCGGUGCGGGCCGUCGCCGCCGAAGACGCGGCCGUCACAAAGGCGCAGGUGGCCGCGACGCUCAAGGAAGCAGCCGUCGUUGUUCAAAAAACUGCACACGCCCCGACGACCGCCGUUGCCACCCCCACGACAACCACCAAGAGCAGCAACAACAACAACGACAAGGACGACGACGACGACGACGACGAUGGGUACUCGGAUUUCGACGACGACCAUGCAACUACAAAAAAGAAACCAGCCAAAAAAGCAGUCCAGGCGGCUAACGACGACGACAACCAGAGCGAUGCGGCCGACGAGGUCGAGAAGACAAGUCCGACCGUCUCGAACGAAAGCAAGGUGUUUUUACAGGCCGUCUUCCGCGGCAACCUCCGGCGCGUUCAAGAUCUCUUGGGCGACGACACGGACGUCAACAUCACCGACCAGCAUGGCUGGAACGGUCUGCACUGGGCCGCAUCGCAAGGCCGUUGCGAAAUCCUUGAGCUUCUGAUUGAUCGCGGCGCCAACGUCCAGGCGGUCGAGCCCGAGCACCAUUGGUCGCCACUGCACCUCGCCGCGAUCCGGGGACAUGCCAGCUGCAUCAAGCACCUCUUGCGCGCUGGCGCGAUCCCCUCGCGGGUGGAUGUGUACGGCGACACGCCUAUCGCGUGCAUCGCGUCGUUUUCAGGGUCAAAAAAGAAGCAGCUCGAGGGCGUGUUUCGCAAGCACAAGCGAGGCUAG